AUGAUUAGUCUACUUUCUUGUAGAUAGAUUGGAAACAACUCUUACAUACUAAGUAACAUUAACUAUACAUGUAACUCUGAUCAGUAUAAUUUUUACAGUAUGAGCUUAGUUUUUCCUUUCCUUAUUUCAUGGGUGAUAGUAAUUCCUUUUAUUUUAUUAGUACAUAUUUAUAGAAAUAGAUCAAAACUUGAUAGCCUAUUUACUAAUAUGAAGUUUGGGUUCUUGUAUAGAGAAUAUAAAUCUAAUGUUUAUUACUGGGAGUUUAUCAAAAUAGCUCAAAAAUUAUCCAUUAUACUUGCUCUUAACUUUUACUAUCAGAAUGUUGUUAUUAAAGGAUUACUUGUUAUUUUGAUAAUAACAGCUUAUGGAAUAAUAUCAAACAAAUUAAAACCUUACAAGGAAGAUGAAUAAAAUUAUAUAGAUAGCUUAUCAACUAAAGUGUGUGCUUUAACAAUAUAUCUCUGCCUAUUAAUGUAUUAAAAUGAUUACAAAUAUUUAGUCAUCAUAUCAGUUCUAAUGAUAUUUAUAAUUAAUAUUUCUUUCGUUUGCUUCAUAUUAACAAGAGUUUUUCAUGGAUACAAAUAAAAAAUUUAAAAAAUAUUUGAGUUCUUAACUAUUAAAGUAUUUAAAAAGCAAAAAUAAUAAUAAAUCAGCAAGAAGUAAAUAAACCCUAAAUUGAGGGAAAAAAUAAGAAGAUCAUUAAUAAAUUAUUGCUAUUUAAGCCUGGAUAAAAGAUAGGAAAUAAUGUUUUCAGUAUUAAAUAACCAGAUAAGUUAAUAAUUUUCAGCUAUUAAAGCAUAACAAAAUAUCUAGAAACUUGAAUAGAGCUAAAAAUAAGAAUUCAAAUUUGAAACUUAGUCACCUUAUAUUAUUCCCAAUUAAAAUUCUCAUUCAACUUUAAGCAUAUUCAAGCUAAAUGAAACUUAAAAUCAAAGCGAUAUUAUUUCUUAAUACUAGAAAGAUCAGCUGAUAGGAUUAAAAAUUAAAUCAUCAAAUAAAAGAUAAAGUUUUAUAAAAAAGUAAAAAAACAAAAACUUAUUUGACACAAACUUGAGUUAAGCAUAGUCAGAGUCAUAUCCUGAUGACAUAAACGCUAUUUAAAUGAUGGAUUAAAGCAAUCCAAAUUUUUUACCUUAAUUCAUGUAAAUAUAAUAAACAAAUUCAUUGAAAUGA